AUGCUUGGAUUCACGGGAUCAUGUCUGUCCAAGGAGUUUUUCGACUUAGCAAAAUCGAUUGGGGAGGCCCGCUCGAAGCAGGAGGAAGACAGAAUCAUAUGCAAUGAGAUCGUUUUGCUCAAGUCAAGGUUUGCGGAUCCGAGUGCGUCAGUAAAACAGAUAAAGGAAUACCUGAUCAGGGCGAUUUACAUUGAAAUGCUGGGACAUGAUGCCUCCUUCGCAUAUAUCCACGCAGUUAAGCUGGCGCACGAGAAGAAUAUUUUGUGCAAGAGGACGGGCUACUUAUCGUGCAACUUGUUCCUAAAUAAAGACCAUGAAUUAAUGCUACUUCUAAUUAAUACAAUACAGAAGGAUUUAAAAAGCGACAACCAUUUGGAAAUAUGGGCAGCCCUAAAUUGUGUGUGUAAAUUACUAAACAGUGAAAUGAUCCCAGCGAUAUUUCCAAUUAUAAAAAAUUUAUUAAAUCAUAAAAAUGAGUUGAUAAGAAAAAAGGUUUGUAUGUUAUUACAUAAGAUGUAUUUAAUAGAUCCAUCCUUGAUAAAAGAAAUUGACAUAUUUUUGAAGAAGCUAUUGUGCGAUGUCGACCCAUCCGUGAUGGGUGCGUCAUUAAAUUUGAUCUUUUGCAUUGCCAAGAAUGAUAUUAGCUAUUGUAUAAAGUUAGUUCCAUACUUAGUUUCUAUUCUGAAGCAAAUAUGUGAAAAUAAGUUGCCAAAGGAUUACGAUUACCAUAGAAUCCCCGCUCCGUGGAUUCAAAUUAAAAUACUAGCAAUUUUUAGAGUUCUCGGAUACUCAAAUAAAAAGAUAUCAGAACAGAUGUACGAGGUUUUACAAAAGACGAUGCAGAGAGCUGACUUUGGCAUAAACGUUGGUUAUGCUAUUAUAUACGAGUGUGUAAAAACUAUUGCUACUAUAUACCCUUCUCAUCAUUUGCUAGAGUUGGCAUCUCUGUCCAUAUCAAGAUUUAUUUCCUCAGAUAAUCAUAAUCUUAAGUACGUUGGUGUUACGGGGCUAGCGUUGAUUGUGAAGAUUAACCCUAUGUAUGCAUCGAAGCACCAGUUAGCUGUAGUAGACUGCUUAGAGGACAAAGACGAAACAUUAAAAAUGAAAACGUUAGAUUUGUUGUACCAAAUGACGAAUCCUCUAAAUGUUAAAGUAAUUGUAGAUAAGCUUUUAUUUCAUGUGGAGAAUUCGCUAGAUAUUCAUUUUAAGCAUGACUUGGCGUGCAAAAUUAUUCAGUUAAUUGAAAGGUACACUCCAGAUGAUAUUUGGUUUUUAAAUACUAUCAACUCUUUGUUUUUGUCCGUGGGUGAAUUACUCGAUGAGAGUUAUUCCUACUCCCUUAUUAAGCUCUUGAAGGACAGCUCCAUGUGCCUGGAUUCGGACUCCGGUGACGAUUUAGUUCGCAGUGGAGUGAAUGAGGAGGUUAGUAGUAUGGCUGGAGAUCACCGCAAACGCGACAAGGGUAAUGUAGCUUACGCAAAUGAAGGGGAAAGUACAAAUACGGCUUAUUUAAAAAACAUUGCAGAGAUGGAGAGUAGGGGAGAAUUGCUGAGUGAGUCCUCGCCCCCAGGGGGAGAAGAAGGAGUUAGCAACCAUCCAGACGAGAAGCCCAAUUGUGGAAAUUACGACAUAGGGCAAAAUGAUGUAAGUGUGGCACUUGAUGAUAGUGAGAAAGUACUCAUUUUGGGGUCGGUAAACAAAGAUGGAAAUAGCGACGAAUUAGCAAAGGAUAACAGCCAUACUGGUGAGAAUCUCAUUAGGGGAACAUCCAAUCGAGAAAAUGAUGAAAAUGAAUUAAAAGAAAAAAAUAAAAUAAAUGAUGAUUUGUACAAUUUGAGGAAAUAUGCCGUGAAUACCUACAUAACCAUGCUAGAAAAUAACGAAAAUAUUCCCUUCAUUUUGAUGCAAAUUAUUUGCUGGGUGUUAGGAGAAUAUAGCUACCUGUGUGAUAUAGAAAAUUACACAACUGAAGAUAUCAUUGAUUUGCUAUGUGAGUGUCUGGAAAGAACUUAUAACAACCCAGAUAGAGUUAAGUCUUGCAUAAUUACAGCGAUUUUUAAAUUGUGCUGUUUCAACAAUGUAACCGAUCAUGUCGUUGCGAAGAAUUUAAUCGAGAAAUACAAGAACAGCAGACUCACAGAUAUGCAACAGAGGUGUUACGAAUAUAGCUCCAUUUUAAAUAACCCGAAUUUAAUGAAAAAUGUAUUUUCAAUAUCGAGUAAGCAGAAAAUGGUCAUUGAUGAAAAUUUGUCCUUUUUAAAUCCCUUGGUGGAUAAACAUUUGGCAAGUGGAGGGAAGGCUUACAUAAAGAAGGAGUUAAGGCAAACCGAAACAAAUUUUGAAUCAGCUAAGAACAGCGUCCCCACGCUCAAUUUCACACCAUAUGAAUUACCAAUCAAUAACAGAAUACACAUUGAUACCUUGCACACGUCCAACAGUGGCUCUGGGUAUGAAAGGAGUUACAAGUAUGAUACAUCUGCGCAUGUUUCGUUAGAGGAUAAAAGUACUAACCUCAAAGAGAGGGAAAAAACAUUUAAGCUUAACGUGGUGGGCCCUAAAAAAUGGACAAGAGAAACGUGCAAAAUUGAAGGGAAAAAUAAUAAUGAGAAAAAUAGCAACAAAAAUGGAAAGAAAAAGAAAAAGAAAAAGAAAAAAAAAAAAAAAAAGGGGGACAACCAGACAACCUAUGAGUUUAAAGGUAGCCAUGAAAAUGUGAGCAUAAAUAAAGUAGGCAACAAGGAUGGGCAAAAAAGACUUCCUAAAAUUAGGAACACGCAGGGUGAAAUUGAACAAGAAGAGGUGGAACAGGAGGAACAAAGCAAUGAUGAACUUUUUUAUGAAAACAAAUAUGGUGGACACGGAACAGAAGGCAUAGGCAAGGAAGAAGACGAAGUGGAUAGCGCAGAAGAGGACGAAGAACAAGGUGAAGAAGACGACGAGGAUGAGGAGGAGGAAGAGGAGGACGACGAAACAGUGGAAAAUGAAGGAAACUAUGGCGACAAUCAUGAACCAGGGAAUGAAGGAAGAGAGAAUGAAAAAAGAAUGGAUAAUUUAGGAGAUUACUACAAUCAGAAUUACGAAAGUUUUGACGAAAGAGAUAUACACAACUUAAGGGAUAACAAGCACGAUCGUGCGAGCAGCAGCAAUGCAUCCGCAACACAUAACGAGCUAACAGAGAAGGAAAAAAUGGCUGCUGCUCUUUUUAAUGGUCUACUAUCAAACAAUUCUUCAGUUGACUAUUCGAGAAAUAAUUACUCUUCUAGUUUUUCAAGUAAAAAAAGUCACGCGUUGUUGUCCAAUAGGAAUUAUUUUAACUGCAAAUCUGAUGAGAGCAGGACGGAUGAAAGGGGAAAACACUUUGUUGAGAAAAGUUCGAGGAAAUUCCAAAGAGAACCUGGUGCAUGGGGCAGUCAACAGGUGGACAAGCAGAGCUCUUCGUCGAAUAUUUGGGGAAAUUCUUCAAACAAAUUGGACGAAAUGAAAAAAUCCAAGUGUGCAUUUGAUAUGCUAGAUUUGAACGAACCUUCUUCUAAAAGGGACUUAGUGGAGGAAGAAGAGGAAAAUAGGACCUGUAAAGACGAGGAUAAAAAUCUGUGGAACAGCAUCAGCAAUCAGAAGAAGGCCGUUUUUUUAAACGCUACAGAGUUAAGCAUAUUUCAAAUAAUUAAAAGUAUUGAGAACAACCUAAAUGCCAACGUGGUGGAAGUCAGCACAAAGGAAGCCCUAGUUUCCUGCAUAUAUAGCAGCAAUAAAGUGUUGGUAAAAAUCAAAAUAGAGGAAAACAAAUUGGUUUUUUUAGUGAAGUCCGCUGACACUAGCAUAAUUGACAGCGUCAUUGACAUUCUGAGAAAUUUGUUUCACGUAUGA